GGCAGCGACAUGGCGGCGGGAGGACGGACGUUAGCGGCGGUCGGGUCCAGCAUGUUGUCUUGGAGGGCGGUUCUCCUUGUCUUGGCUCUGCAUGCGGGGUCAUCUCAGGGGCAAGGAGAUGAGGCCAACAGUGUCCGUACACGGAUGAUGCGUCCUUUCCGAAAUGCUGGCAAUGCGCCCAACGCCACCGCCACGAACACAACCACGGCCAGAGUUACAAGCAGCAGCACUCAAAUUCAGAUUACUACCGAGGCUUCUUUAACAGGACUGACCUCGACCUGCCAGCCGCCGCAGUUCGCGUGUGGCGACAGCUCGGGGACCUGCCUGCGGUCCUCCCAGCGCUGUGACGGCAGCGAGGACUGCCCGGACGGGUCGGACGAGCGCAACUGCAAUACGUGCGACGAGACCCGGAUGUUCCGCUGCUCAAACGGCCAAUGCAUCACCAAGUUCUGGAGAUGUGACGACGAUGUGGAUUGCUCCGACCACAGCGACGAGCAGGGAUGUCCAGUCACUGAGGAAAGCGCCUGCUCGAGUGGCUUCUUCGAGUGUGCGUCGGGCGAGUGCGUGCCAAGGUCGUGGGUGUGUGACGGAGAGAGCGACUGCGCGGACCACACGGACGAGACUACCUGCUCGUCUGCCCCCGUGACUUGUCAACCGAACCAGUUCAGAUGCAAAUCCGGUACCUGUAUUGCUGGCGCCUUCCGAUGCGAUGGAGAACUGGACUGUCCCGACGGCGAAGACGAGGCCCACUGCAGUAAUAUCCAGUGCAGCGAUUCCCCAGACCAUUACCAGUGCAAAAGCGGUGAAUGCAUUUCCAUCCAAGCGGUUUGCGACCAACAUGAAGACUGUCGGGAUGGUAGCGACGAGGGUGGUCUUUGCUCGGAGACGUGUAAGGUUACAGACUGCAUCCACCUGUGCAAAAUGACCCCACAGGGACCCCACUGUAUGUGCAAAGAAGGCUAUGCACGAAAUACGUCUACUAAUGGAUGUGUAGAUGUGAACGAGUGUGCUGCCAACGUCUCUGUCUGUGAUCACUUCUGCCAAAAUACGGUCGGCGGCUUCAAUUGCUCCUGUACAGAGGACUAUAUGCUGCAGGCUGACAGGAAAUCCUGCAAAACUACAAUACAAGGAGAUGCUCUGCUUUUCAUGGCACAAGGAAAUGACGUGAGGAUGUUGGAUCUGGGCCUUACACUCUAUUCGCAGAUCUACGCAGGCUUUGCUCAGAGUAUAGCCAUUGCGUAUGAUCCGAUUGACGACAUGGUGUACUGGAGUACUGAUCAGGGCGUCUUCAGGAUAUCUCGUAGGGGCGGUUCUAUCCCGUCUAUCGUAGUCAACGAAGCGGUCACGGUGGAUGGGUCAGGUCGAACAGUCCUCAUCUCGGAGGGCGUGAGGUGGCCCAAUGGACUGUGGAUAGAUGCUCCAGCUCGAAGGAUCUACAUAGCGGAUGCACAUACCAACGAGGUCUUCCAUGUGAACUAUAAUGGGACCGAUCGAAAGCACCUUGCGGAGGCGGCAGUGGAUCACCCGUUUGCAAUCGCUGUGUGGCAGGAGCGCCUGUACUGGAGCGACUGGGAGCACGACCACAUAAGGUCUUGUCUGAAGCGCACCGGAAAACAGACGAAGCUGCUUGUCAAGGGAACCCACAACAACUUCUUCGGACUGGCUCUCUAUCACCCGGCAAUGAUGCGACUGAUCGCCAACCCUUGCUCGUAUGGCCAGUGCAGUCACCUGUGCUUGCUGUCCCCGCUGGCGGUCAGUGGAUACACCUGCGCGUGUCCGGCCGAGAUGGAGCUGGCGCCCGAUGGCCGCACUUGUAUCGACAACCCUAACCGCACGUACCCAUUCAUCGCGGACGGAAACAAGAUCUACAAGCUGUCGCCGCGCCUCCAUGGCCACAGUACCUUCGGCGCUUGGACCCCCGGGGUGCCGCUCAAGUGGAUUGGGGGCCUUUCGUACGACCCCAUUCAGGACACUGUGAUUGUGAGCGACGUUUGGGGAGGAAGUAUCUACAGCGUCAACAGGGAGACAGGAGUCACGGUGCCCAUUGUACAGGGCGUAUCUCGGGCAAUUAGCGUGGCUGUCGACUGGCUGCGCAGGAACGUGUACUGGAUCGACGGCACGAAGGCAGCCGUGGAGGUGGUGCGUGAAGACGGCGCUUUCCGCACGGAGCUCCUGAAGGCGAUGCCGCACCUGACGAGCAUCACCUUAGCUCCCCUCCUCGGGUUUAUGUACGUGAGCGACGCCAGUGCUGAGCCGUUCAUCAUGCGCUGCGGUUUGGACGCCAAGUCCUGCGACAAGAUCGUCACAGGCGACCUCGUCCAGCCUAUGUCGAUUACCUUUGAGACGAAUCCAGAUAUCAAACGCCUGUACUGGUGUGACCGCGCCCUGGGACGUAUCGAGAGCGUGGCCGAAGACGGAACGGACCGACGGGUGUUCAUGGAAAACGUGAAAAGCCCCGUCUCGGUCCUGGUGACUCGCUCGCACAUCAUGUGGUCUGAGGAACGGACUUCUCUCGUCUACUCCGCUUCCAAGUUGGAUAAUAGUUCUGUGCGGAUGAUGUCUCUUGAUUUGGGCAUUCCGGAAAAUGGAGAACGUUCCCUGAAGAUCCUGGAAGUCGGAUGGAAAAUUCCCGAGCAACUAGCAGUGACGAACCACCCGUGCCUGCAGAGUAACGAGAGCUGUAGUCAGUUGUGCCUGGGAGACAAUUUCAGCGAAAAGGUGUGCGCUUGCAGUUUUGGCUACAAACUCCAGGUGGACAGAAGAACGUGUGAAUCCGUUCAGUGUAACGACAUCCAGUUUCACUGUUUCCGAUCGCGCACUUGUAUUCCUCGUUCAUGGAAAUGUGACUUGACCCCAGACUGCAAAGACGGCGAAGAUGAAGAGGACUGUAAGGAGUCACAGACGUGCAAGGAGACGGAGUUCCAGUGCUCUACGGGUUCAUGCAUUAACAAGCUGUGGACGUGUGACGGUGUGCACGAUUGCGAGGAUGGCUCUGACGAGAAACUCGACGAAUGCAUGAAUGUGACGUGUAGCAGCGUACACUGGAAAUGCAAGUCAGGCAUGUGCAUUCCGAAGAUGUGGGUUUGUGACCAAGAGAAGGAGUGUGACGAUGGAUCAGACGAGACGGAGUGCGUUACCUCCUGCCCGGACCACAAGGUCGCUUGUAGAGAUGGAAAAUGUGUUCCGAAGGUGUGGAAAUGUGACGGCGAUAAGGACUGCCUGGACGGAAGUGAUGAGGAAAAUUGCCCGGUGGAGUGUGCGAGCAGUGAGUUCACCUGCAGCAACAAAAACUGCGUACCCCACGAUGCCAAGUGCGAUGGCGAGGAUGACUGUGGCGACGGCUCUGAUGAGGCACUCCCUUGGUGCCCGCCCAAGGACCCUCCUGUGACGUGCCCCACCGGCCAGAUUUUGUGUGAACGCCACGACGUUUCGUCCCCGCGUGUCUGUAUACAACUGGAUAACGUAUGCAACGGGGUUCAGGACUGCCCCUUAGGGGAAGACGAGGACUGUGAUAGCUGCGCCCGCCACGAAUUUAGCUGCUUAUCACGUGGCUGCAUCCCAAGAGGAUGGAUGUGUGAUGGGGAAGAGGACUGCACUGACGGCUCCGACGAGAGCCAGGCUGCCGGUUGCCUGUUCGCACAAGGCAAUGAGACCGUCGAUGUAAGCCUGGAUGGUAGCGAUGGUAAGGCAGCUCCAAUGCCAGUCUGUGGAACACAGGAGUUCGAGUGUGGGAUUGGCGGCUGCAUAGCGUCGAGUCUCGUGUGUGAUGGCUCGGCGGAUUGUCCUGAUGGCUCUGAUGAAGGCAGCUUGUGCGCAAAGAGCUGCCAGGGUAAUGGCGGGUGCCAACACACAUGCAAGGAAGGCCCAAAAAAUCGCAUUUGCUCUUGCUGGAAAGGAUUCCAACUCGCCGAGGAUCAGAUGAGCUGCAUUGAUGUGAAGGAAUGCGAUGACGAGGCCACCUGUAGCCAAAAGUGUGAGGAAAGACAUGGCUACCACUUGUGUUCCUGUCUACCCGGCUAUACUCUUAGACCCGACAGACGCUCUUGCAAACCAACAGGUGGCGAGGAAUAUGUGGUCUUGGUGCAUCCUGGGUCCGUCCUGAAUAUGUCCCAUACCUUCCAUCUUACUGAGAAAGUGAUAAUGCCCCUUCAUGUUCAGUUUUCGUCUCUUGAGUUAGCGCCCGAGUCCCAUCAUUUUGUUUAUGCUGACAAGGCCCAUGGAAUGAUCGGGAAGAUGAGCAUGGACGGCGAAGUGACCAUACUCUUCCAGCACAGAAAGCGUCCUCAGGGUCUCUCCUUGGACCCCAUUACCAACAGCGUUUAUUUCUCAGAAGAGUUCAGUAAAGCUGAGGUUGUGGAUGAUGGCUUGAGCAGAGAGCGCAGGGAGUCGAGCGCUCCUGGGUCUUAUUCUGUGAUAAUGGUCUGUGGGAUGGAGGGCGACAAAGAUUGCAGCAUCGUGUACCAAGCACAUGGCGAAGAGAUCCCGGCAAUACGCGUUGCCCCCAUGUCAAGACGACUCUUCUUCUGCGCCAACAACAUCGCGCAGGACGAAGCAAAAAUUCUCACCUCUGACAUGGAUGGCACGUCGGCUAGAAUUCUCAGUCAUAAGGUUGUGAAGUGCGGGGACUUGGCAGUGGAUGAGGCGAAAGAGCGAGUCUACUGGACUGAUCUCUCCCGUAACGUUGUCGAGUCCAUCAAAUGGUCAGGCGAAGGCCAUCGUGUUGUAGAGGAAAAUGUGCACACGCCAGUUGGCCUAGCCUUGACUGAAGACUGGGUGCUGUGGAUGGACACGCACCAGCACCAGAUAGUCAAGUGUAACAAGUACAAGAUGGGCAUGUGCGAAUACCACACCAUGGGCACAGCUGGCUUAGCUUUGACUGUUCAGCAGCGUUUAAGAAUGGAGAGUUCAUUGAUUGGAGACUGCAAAGUAAAGAACUGCACCCACCACUGCAUGAUUCAAAUGGACAAAAAGGCCAGCUGUAUGUGCAAAGUUGGCUACGUCUCUGCACCCAGCCGUCCUAACGAGUGUGUCAAGAUGAAAUCCUGCGACCACAGCCCGUGUCAAGGCAAAGGUAUAUGCGAGUCGCACUCCGACACAGAAUUCAUUUGCAGGUGUCCUGAAGACCGAGAAGGGUCUCUGUGCGAGGUGGCCAAGACGCCCACAGCAGACAGCAGCGACAGCAGUAGCGGCGCAACCUUAGGCGUGUGCCUCUUCCUUAUCAUCUUCGGUGCCCUCAUCUUUGGGCUUUACUGGUAUCGAAAGCGACCUUUCCCCUUUUGGAAGGGAAAAGGAGGGCAACUCCGCAAGAGAUGCUUCAAAGCCAAUCAGACCCUACGCUUCGCCAACCCGGGUUUUGGCAUCAUUUCCCCCACCGCUGUGCCCAACGGAAACGCAACGGCCAGCACCAACACCAUCCCCUCGACCCCGCCUGGCUUGCGAGGUUCUCACAACUUCGAAAACCCUUUCUUUAAAACGGAUGACCACGUGCCGGACACGAGUGCUGACUCGGCCAUAGUGAGUACAGCCGACUCGACCUCCAUCAACAUCGCUCCCCAUCAGGUGGAUCUUACUACGCCACAGAACGUACUGAAGCCACCAGUAGAGAAGAAGGUCGAUUGGGAUCUCUCUCCUUUCCAGCCCUUGCAGCAUCCCGUUUGUAGAUACCUACAAGGAAAACCACGUGAGCAAGUUCCCAAAGAACCUUUCCUGAACCCUCGCCCGCACCGGCGGGACCACAAUGGUAAGGUAUUGACAGGGCCACUCCCAGAGAGCUGCACCAGCACGGCCUUGCCAAGUGGACCACGCCGAGCCGGGGGACACAGAGGCGGCGAAGGAAAGCCUGGCCGCCUCAUCCAACCUGGACCAAAGAACUGCGCCAUGCUGAAGACAGCAGCAGCCUGCUGGUGGGUGUGGGGGGCGGCAGGAGACUCGCUGGUGUCUUUCUGCAUCUGCCUGUGGUGGCACAUGAAGCCGGCCACCAGCACCGAAAUCACCGUGCACAUUGCUAGCAGUACAAACAGAGCGGAGAAACCGGGCGCCGACCGUAACGCCUUCUUCCCUGGCGGGUGUGAACUCCAGGUCGGCCUCGGAGAUCACCUGGUAGUCGGUAGUGACGCCGAUAUCGGGGGAGCGUUGGUGGCGAUCGAGAACGAGGUCGCGACGACGGCGGCGGAGGUUCCUCGGGCCCCAUGGGAAGUCCCCGGCGUUCGGCAGUUCGAUAGUUUCGCUGCCAUUGAGGGGCGAGCCGUUAAGGUACUCCUGCGCCGACUGCUCGUCCGGGAUGAUCAGGGGGCCCUUGUAGUAUGGGCUGUUCUUGUUGAUCAUGGGGUUAUUCUGGCUACCGGGACGCGCUUUUCUGGGGUUGACCGCAGAUCCUUGGCUCGCAAUAGGCUGCUGCUGGAAUUGCGGCUGUUGCUGGAACUGCUGUUGCUGGAAUUGCGGUUGCUGUUGGCUGUAGUCGCCGAUGGGAUUGCCUGCGGUCGGCUUCUGGCAGUGGUCGGGGCAGCCGAAGCGACAGAUCUCCACCUUGCAGCGGAUGUGGACGGCCAUCGAGUCCGGGAACUUGAAGGCGUGGAAGUGGGCGUAGGUGAGCACGGUGGCGCGGCCGUCGUUGUUCCGAAGCUUCAUGAACUUGGAGAUCAUCUUGGGGCGGAGGACGCAGCCGUGCUCGUCGCUCAGGUAGAUGGGCGCGUUGGUGCCGUCGGAGGCCUCGCACGACUUCACGCUCUCUUUUUAAUAAUCAUGCUGAUAAUUUCAUAUGCUGAAGACUGCAAAGUAAAGAACUGCACCCACCACUGCAUGAUUCAAAUGGACAAAAAGGCCAGCUGUAUGUGCAAAGUUGGCUACGUCUCUGCACCCAGCCGUCCUAACGAGUGUGUCAAGAUGAAAUCCUGCGACCACAGCCCGUGUCAAGGCAAAGGUAUAUGCGAGUCGCACUCCGACACAGAAUUCAUUUGCAGGUGUCCUGAAGACCGAGAAGGGUCCCUGUGCGAGGUGGCCAAGACGCCCACAGCAGACAGCAGCGACAGCAGUAGCGGCGCAACCUUAGGCGUGUGCCUCUUCCUCAUCAUCUUCGGUGCCCUCAUCUUUGGGCUUUACUGGUAUCGAAAGCGACCUUUCCCCUUUUGGAAGGGAAAAGGAGGGCAACUCCGCAAGAGAUGCUUCAAAGCCAAUCAGACCCUACGCUUCGCCAACCCGGGUUUUGGCAUCAUUUCCCCCACCGCUGUGCCCAACGGAAACGCGACGGCCAGCACCAACACCAUCCCCUCGACCCCGCCUGGCUUGCGAGGUUCUCACAACUUCGAAAACCCUUUCUUUAAAACGGAUGACCACGUGCCGGACACGAGUGCUGACUCGGCCAUAGUGAGUACAGCCGACUCGACCUCCAUCAACAUCGCUCCCCAUCAGGUGGAUCUUACUACGCCACAGAACGUACUGAAGCCACCAGUAGAGAAGAAGGUCGAUUGGGAUCUCUCUCCUUUCCAGCCCUUGCAGCAUCCCGUGUGAGGCAAUGCAUUGGAAUAGAUCAAUUGAUUUCGAUGCACUUGUUAUAAUUGUUGUUUAAUGUUAUAGGCUAAUAUAUAUCUUUCUAAACUA